GGGGGCGGCGCGGCCACCAGGGGGGGUGCUGAGCUCAGAGCUGCCGCAGCGCGGAGCCGGAGCCGAGCGGAGCGCUCUGAGCAUCCUCGGAGGCAGCGCGAAGGCCGGAGCACUGCUGCGCUCCAGCGCAGGGAGGCUGAGCCGAGCGCCUGACCGCGGCCGGACCCCGCUGGCCCCAGCCCAGCCCUGCCCGGCGCAGCCCAGCCCCGGCGCCUGCUCGCUGUCGCCGCCGCUGCGGCCACCAGAGCUCCAUCCCCCAGCCCGGCCGCGAAUCCCAGGCCGCCAGGAUGGACGUGUUCAUGAAGGGCCUGUCCAUGGCCAAGGAGGGCGUUGUGGCUGCAGCCGAGAAAACCAAGCAGGGGGUCACCGAGGCGGCAGAGAAGACCAAGGAGGGCGUUCUCUAUGUCGGAAGCAAGACCAAAGAGGGCGUGGUACAAGGUGUGGCCUCAGUGGCCGAGAAAACCAAGGAGCAGGCGUCACAUCUGGGAGGAGCCGUGUUCUCUGGGGCUGGGAACAUUGCAGCAGCCACAGGCCUGGUGAAGAAGGAGGAGUUCCCCACGGACCUGAAGGCAAAGGAGGUGGCCCAAGAGGCCGCUGAGGAGCCCCUGAUUGAACCCCUGAUGGAGCCUGAAGGGGAGAGUUAUGAGGAACCACCCCAGGAGGAAUAUCAGGAAUACGAGCCAGAGGCGUAGGGGUCCAGGAGGGCCCGAGCACCAGCAGCACAAUUCCUUCCCGUCCCCGCCCUCCCUCCCCCCAGCCAGGGCUGGCCUUCUACCUUGCCCCCAACCCCACCCCAAACACGAGAUCUUCCUUCGGCUCCGAGGCGCGUCCUCCGGGCCUGUGUCAGUGUCUGCCCUGCCUUCCGUCUGUCCUCCUGCCCGCCGUCCUCCUCGGGGCGCGGACUGCAGUCGGCCUGCCCGGCCGGGAGCCCCGCCCCGCCAGCGUUGCCCCUCCCCUCCAUCUGGUCCAGCGUCUGCGCGGAUGUAGCAUGUUCUAUGUAUUUUUUAACCAAGAUGGGAAAGUUAUGGCUCCUUCCCCAUCCGACAGAGGUUCUCCACGGGGCCCCCGGGCAGCCCCACUUCGACCCCUAAAACGUUUUUUGUUUGUUUUUUGUUUUUGUUUUGUUUUUAACUCAAACCAGGAGCCAGGUCUGCCAUGCCCCCUCCCUUAGCCCGCUCAGUCCGAGCGCGGGCGUCGUGUGUUGUGAUUGUGGCAUGGAGAGCCCCCACCCACCGUGUGAGCGUGUCCCGGGAGGGCUGGCCCGGCCGCCCCCCGCGUGUCCAUGAAUAAAGCCAAUCUGUCUGUA